AGCAGCGCGCGCUCCUCCUCCGUCACAUGUGCGCAGCGGCCAUUUUGAGUUGUUUGUUCAGCGAGCAGCGCUUGUUAUUUUCCAGACAAACGUAGAUAAAAGGGCCGAAACAGUCGAAAGAAUCGCUCGAAAGACAUUUCACCCUUUCCUUCCAUCAUUAUGGGUCCACCGCGAUGCAGAUGCCGCCGUCUGUUACCUGAGAGAACGGAGGACUUCGGUCGGUUUGUCAGUUUAUCUUGACAUGGCAUACACGGGUGUGUGACGACUGUGGAAAAGCUCGAAAACAAACGGGAGACCUUCGAGCUAAAACCUCCGCCGAGGAUUCAUUUGCACUGAGCUCGGUGUAUUAAUACGUGUUAGGAUUGUUUUGCAGUACUUGCUCGGAUUGCAACGGGCUUGGAAGUCAACUCGAGAAUAAAAAAAAAAUGACGAGAAACAAUAGUUAACGUUAGCCAGUUACGAUAAUAACGUUAGCCAGUCACGCGCUCUCUGCUAGCAUCGCGGUAACAAACAGAAAACAGGCAAAAAACAAAAUGUAACAGUCGGUUUAUUGAUGAGUACUAGCUUUGGAUGCUCUCCUAGAUCUCAUACUGGUUAAAAAAGAGAUGUAGCUCCCUUCAACCAGGUUAUAAGUCUGUGUAUUCAGCUUAGUUAGCAGUAGUUUGCUAGCCAGCCACAAAACAAAAGCCUCACAAUGAAACUCAACCGUGGCAGGAGAGCUCGUGGGCCAGUUUUAUGCCCUUAAAUCCCAAGAUGUCCAGCAAACUCUGUGUUCUUACUCAGUGCCAAGAUCUCAUGGCACCUGCAUUUCUCUGCCAUGGUUGUCUUUCUCACCUGUCAUUCAGAUCUGCUUUCAUGAGACCGUAUAUUCAAAGACAUGGAUACGAGCAAGAGUCAAUCCUGGAAGAGGCUUUUCAAAGUCAAAUCGCUUGGUCAGCUUUUUAGAUAACUUUAAACCAGAUUUAUUUAUCUAAAGACAGGGAUCUGUCCCAAAAACUGUCGGAAUGGGCUUUCAGUGUAGCAGGCAUUUGUGUUUUCUGUCCUUUAUUCAGUGAUACAACACAGUUUCUCAUAUAAAAAUAAAUCCUAAUUGAUCAGGUCGAGUUAUAGAGUGGUUACUUUUAGUUUACACUUAGCCUUGGCUUGAUUGUUUGUUUUAAAAAUGGUGUAACACAUCAAAACUUAGACUUGGCCCAAGUGCACUACCCACGUUGAUUAAAAAUGACUUGAUUUGGUUUCGCUAACUUUGUUCGUUAAUUCAGAUUGGUAUGAACUGCAGGUAGUGCUUGGUUGUAGCUUAUUUAGUUUUUAAAAGGGGUUUGUAAGCCACAUCACUGUCAAGGAAAUAAAAACCGUAUUGUCCGUAACAAUGGGAGACCCAAAUUCUCGCCGGAAUCAAACAAGAAACCGACUCCGUGCCCAGCUACGGAAGAAACGAGAGUCUCUGGCCGAUCAGUUCGACUUCAAGAUCUACAUUGCCUUUGUAUUUAAGGAAAAGAAAAAGAAGUCUGCACUCUUCGAGGUAGCUGAGGUGGUACCUGUGAUGACCAACAACUAUGAGGAAAAUAUCCUCAAAGGCGUGAAGGAUUCGAGCUACUCCUUCGAGAGUUCAUUAGAGCUUCUCCAGAAAGAUGUGGUGCAGUUACACGCGCCUCGGUACCAGUCGAUGCGUAGAGAUGUGAUCGGUUGUACCCAGGAGAUGGACUUUAUCCUUUGGCCCCGCAAUGAUAUUGAGAAGAUUGUCUGUCUCCUGUUCUCCAGAUGGAAAGGAGCUGAACAUGAACCAUUCAGGCCUGUUCAGGCCAAGUUCGAGUUUCAUCAUGGAGACUAUGAAAAGCAGUUUUUGCAUGCUGUUGGUCGGAAGGACAAGGCUGGGAUGGUUAUGAACAACCCCAAUCAGUCUGUCUUUCUCUUUGUGGACAGACAGCACUUACAGACUCCAAAAACCAAGCUCACAGUUUUCAAGUUGUGCAGCCUCUGUCUCUACCUGCCACAGGACCAGCUCACCUGUUGGGGGGGUGGAGACAUCGAGGACCACCUCCGUCCAUACAUGCCUGACUAGGAGAAACGCACGGAAGACACCCCUCGAGGCCUCGAAGCAAGUUGACCUUAUCUACACAUCCCUCAGUUGAAUAGAUAUGAACUUGUGCUUGGAACUCUCCUUUUUGUUAACCACUCAUUUUCAUCGUGAGAUUUAAUUUAGCUCCUUUUUUUUUUGUUUUAAAUCCCUCCCUCAACCAAUCUUGCUUUGGUUCAUCCCAUCUCCCCUCUCUGUGAUCAGUUUUUAUUUGAACCUGCAUGAACAUUGAUUUUGAGUGGUUGUUCUCUUGGAGCUGCACCGUCAACAAUACCAGUCACCGAAGGAACUCUUUACGUUA